GACAUGGCAAGGCGGAAGAUUUUCAGUGUCAACCACUCCUGGUGUAUCAUACAAAGAAAUGGCUAACCAUUGUGAGAAACUUAUAGUGGGAAAACAGCAGAAGAUGUCUUCGUUCAUGUGCGUCCCAGACCAGGAAGACGUAUCUCUUACUGGAACAAGUGAAACAACACAGCCUUCAUCCAUGAUUGAAAACCAGGUUCAAAAGGGUGUAAAUCCAUUUGCCGAUCACUACUUCACUGGGAGCCAGAACCAAAACCCGCAACCCACUGGUAAUAUGAUGACAAUGUGUGCAACGGAAUACCAGUACGAAGCCCAAUGCAUUCGACUCCCUGCCUCAAACCCAUUCGACAACUUCCUCAGAGCUGCAGGCUGUUAACCAAUUUUGAUAGUGAAGGAAACAAGGGAGAUCCCUUUUUCUAUAUGUAUCAUUAUGUACUCUCUUUUUUUUUAUGGCCAAAAGGGUAAUUAUUAGAUAGCAUUCAUCUGGCUCAGCCCUCUGUAUGGACUUCUUUUCUUCAGAUCAUUUUACUGUUGUCUACUUUGCAUUUCUUCAAUCUAUUUGGUUAUACUUGUAUA